GCACAUGGUUAGUCUGCUAAUGUGAUUACUCUGGUUGGUCUGCUAGUGGAUAUACCCGGUUGCUAGUGGAAAAUGGCACCUCGGAAGUGAAGUUUGUCAUGAACUGAUGGCUCCCCUGCCCCUAUCCUCUGAUCCACACUCUUCCCGUUGCGGAAUUCCCGUACCGAUCGGGCACUAUCCCCAUAAAGCAAAAAGUGCAUUGCCGGUAAUGGUAUCGCCGGUGGUCCCCACCAAAUACCUACCAAAACCCACCAAAUGCAUCAGUGACAGAAGAUCGGCACGGCAGAACGAGGCCCCACGUGAUGGGACUCCACCACCGCUUAAGCCACAGGACCGCCACCAACAAAUCUACACCACGCAGGGGCCCCUACCCUAGACAGAGGCUCAAGGAUUCCCGAUCGCGGCCUCCAGGGACCUCCGGAUGAGUCACUGGAAACUGGCCCCUAUUGUCCCAGCCGCACCCCUUGGUUAGUUGCUCUUAUCAGGCUGGGCCAGAUAGAACCUUUUGGAACCAUCCCUGUGGCAGGCUGGGC